CAGGAACUAGAGAGCAAGCCGCGAGGAAGUCGGUGGAGUCAAGAUCCCCAUCCCCGUCCCAGCGCAUCGCGUCUCCGCCGAGCUCGCGGGCACGCCCGGACCCCUCCCCAGAACCGGCCGGACCCCAGGUGCCGUGGCCUUGGGGGGCGCGGGGCGUCCCGGGUCGCGGUGCCCGCCCCUGGCAGUGCCACCACCGCAGCCGCCGGGCAGUCUCCAAGCGGCGAUCUCCAAGCGUUGCUCGGCUCGGCCGCGGGCCAGGAGGGGAGGGUCUGGCCUUGCUCCGCAGGCGUCCAUUGGCGGCUUCCCCCGGCCUCCGCGCCAUGCCGCGGGCUGUGUGAGCGGCGGCAGCACCGGAUCCCGCAGGUGUCCGAGGGCGCGCCAGGCCCAUUUGGGUAGGGGGCGCCUUACUCGCUAUGCUGCGAGGGCCCCGGAUCUUGGCUUCGGCCACUGGGCAGCACCCGAAGGUGGUGCCCGCGAUGAGCCCCACCGAGCUGUGGCCGCCCGGCCUCAGCAGCCCCCAGCUCUGCCCAGCUACUACCACCUACUACACGCCGCUGUACCCGCAGACGGCGCCUCCCGCUGCGGCGCCCGGCACCUGCCUCGACGCCACUCCCCAUGGAUCCGAGGGCCAAGUUGUGCGAUGCCUGCCGGCAGGCCGGCUGCCGGCCAAAAGGAAGCUGGAUCUGGAGGGGAUUGGGAGGCCCGCUGUGCUUGAGGUCCCAACCUCCAAGGGGAAGUUCAUCAGAGUGGAUGGCCUCCCCAGCCCCAAAACCCCCAAAUCUCCCGGGGAGAAGACUCGAUAUGACACCUCGCUGGGGCUGCUCACCAAGAAGUUCAUUUACCUUCUGAGCGAGUCGGAGGAUGGGGUCCUGGACCUGAACUGGGCCGCUGAGGUGCUGGACGUGCAGAAGCGGCGCAUCUAUGACAUCACCAACGUGCUAGAGGGCAUCCAGCUCAUCCGCAAGAAGGCCAAGAACAACAUCCAGUGGGUAGGCAGGGGAAUGUUUGAAGACCCCACCCGGCCUGGGAAGCAGCAACAGCUGGGGCAGGAGCUGAAGGAGCUGAUGAACAGGGAGCAGGUCCUGGACCAGCUCAUCCAGAGCUGCUCUCUGAGCUUUAAGCACCUGACUGAGGACAAGGCCAACAAGAGGCUGGCCUAUGUGACUUACCAGGAUAUCCGUGCUGUCAGCAACUUUAAGGAGCAGACAGUGAUUGCCGUCAAGGCCCCUCCGCAGACGAGACUGGAAGUGCCCGACAGGAAUGAGGACAAUCUGCAGAUAUAUCUCAAGAGCACCCAAGGGCCCAUCGAAGUCUACCUGUGUCCAGAGGAGGUGCAGGAGCCAGACAGUCCUUCUGAGGAGCCCCUGCCUUCUACCUCUACCCUCAGCCCCAGCCCUGACUCUGCCCAGCCCAGCAGCAGCACCGACCCUAGCAUCAUGGAGCCCACAGCAUCCUCAGUGCCAGCGCCAGCGCCGAUCCCCCAGCAGGCCCCACCGCCUCCAUCCCUGGUGCCCUUGGAGGCUACUGACAGCAUGCUGGAGCUGCCGCACCCACUCCUGCAGCAGACCGAGGACCAAUUCCUGUCCCCAACCCUGGCAUGCAGCUCCCCUCUGAUCAGCUUCUCACCGUCCUUGGACCAGGAUGACUACCUGUGGGGCCUGGAGGCGGGUGAGGGCAUCAGUGACCUCUUCGACUCCUACGACCUCGGGGACCUGUUGAUUAACUGAGUGGCCCUGCCUGCCUCCAGCAGC